UUACGAAAAACGGACGAACGGACGCUAUGAUGAUAACAAAGCCAAUACGAAAAAUUUGCACAACAAGAGCUCCCACCAUCAUACCACUAAAAAUACUUUGCCAAAAACCAUCCCCAGGCCUCAUUAAUGGCGGUGGCUAGGUUUUUCAGGCUAUUUCCCCUCUUGUUGUCGUCAUCUUUCGUCGUCCUAUCGCCAUUGGCAUCUUCUGCGUCGGAUUCCGAGGCCUUGUUGAGGCUCAAGGAAUCUUUAAUCAGUGCCGGUGCUCUUGAUUCUUGGGUGCCAGGCUCCAACCCUUGCAAUGGUUCCCAAGGAACUUGGGAAGGAUUGCGUUGCUCCAAUGGCGUCGUCACGGGUUUGCGUCUCGAAGGGAUGGGAUUAUCGGGGUAUAUCGAUGUCGAAGCGUUGGUUGAGAUCCAGGGUUUGCGUGUUUUCAGUGUUGCUAACAAUUCUUUCACCGACGUCAUUCCCGAAAUCAAUCGUUUGGGUAGUUUGAAGGUAUUGUUCUUGUCGAUGAAUCAAUUUUCGGGUGUGAUUCCGUCCGAGUAUUUUGACAACAUGGGUUCGCUGAAGAAAGUUUGGUUAUCAAACAACAAAUUUACGGGGAACAUUCCAGUUUCAUUGUCUCGUUUGUCUCGUCUCACUGACUUGCAUCUAGAAAACAAUCAAUUUGGUGGACAAAUUCCGGCUUUUGAUAACCCAACUUUGAAGUACAUCAAUGUAUCAAACAACCAACUCGAAGGUGAGAUUCCUUCUAGUUUGUCGAAAUUCAAUGCAGAUUCGUUCGCGGGGAAUCCGGGACUUUGCGGAGAACAGGUCGGCGUUGAGUGUAGCAAGGCAGACCAGCCAACUCCAAAUGAUACUUCCAAAACCAUUGUUGCUGCAUUGAUUACGUUAGGAGCCGUUCUAUUUAUCGCGGUUAUAUUCUUUGCGUUUCGAUGGAGGAAAAAGAAGCAACAAAACGAUUUAAAGGAGCUAAAAACCGGAAACUCUAAUGACGCAGUGGAGGUGCCGGUUUCCGUUAUAACUGAUAAAAAAGAAGAAAGCGUAAAGAGUGCAUGCUCGACCCGCAAAGAUUCUAAUCCUCGAAGGCUCAGCACUGUAACAGAACUAGUCAUGGUGAACGAUGAAAAGGGUGUUAUUGGGUUGCCAGAUUUGUUGAAAUCCGCGGCGGAAGUGCUCGGAAAUGGAUCGUUGGGGUCUUCUUAUAAGGUUAAGAUGACGAAUGGAGUGGCAUUGGUGGUGAAAAGGAUGCGCCAAAUGAAUGCAUUAGGGAAUGAUGCGUUUGAUGCAGAAGUUAGAAAGCUCGGAAAUCUACGACACCCUAAUGUUUUGCCACCUUUAGCUUACCAUUACCGUAAAGAAGAAAAGCUUUUUGUCUACGAGUACUUUUCUAAAGGCAGUUUGUUUUACCAAUUGCAUGGUGAUGGUGGGAAAUCUGGUGGUGAACUUGAUUGGCCUACCAGAGUGAAGAUUGUGCGAGGAAUAGCGGAGGGACUCGAUUAUCUCCACAAGGAAUUUCCUUUACGUGACGUGCCUCACGGUAAUCUCAAAUCAAGCAAUGUUCUACUCGGCCCCGAUAAUCAUCCAUUUCUCUCGGACUAUGGAUUUCACCCAUUAGUAAACAUCGACGGUUUACAGGCCCUAUGUGCUUAUAAAACCCCAGAAGCCGUGCAACAAAAAACAGUAUCUCCUAAAAGUGAUGUAUAUUGCCUAGGAAUCAUAAUUCUGGAGAUCCUCACAGGAGAAAUCCCUUGCCAGUGUCUUAACGAUAGCAAAGGCGGAACUGAUAUAGUCCAAUGGGUGGCGUCCGCAUUUUCAGAAGGGAGACAGGCUGAGUUGCUUGAUACAGGGAUGGAGGGGUGCCGAAAUUCAGUGGGCAGCAUGGAGAAGCUCCUUCGUGUAGGCGCACUUUGCACUGAAACUAGUCCCGAGAAGCGAUUAGACAUUAAAGAAACCAUUAGAAUGAUAGAGGAGAUACAAGUAGAAGGAAGCGUAGAGUGAGUUUUGGAUUUUGUGAUUUGAACUUAGUAUAUAAUUCUGAACGGAGAUUGAGUUGC